AUGUUUAAAAGAAUACGGGAAUGCUCAGAAAGAGCUGUUUUUAUCAGUUUAAUCGAUGAGCCUGCAAAUAAUUUCGAAAUUGAUGAUUUUCUACAGAAUUUCGAUGUUAUUCACAAGUUUUUGACUAAAAAUGAGGUUUGUUUUUAACUUCCACGUGGCUUUUUUUUCUAAAAAAAAAUUUUCCAGGUCCAAGUGAAAGUCACAAAUGUGAUUCUGAAAAUGGAACCGAUUGAGACAAUUCGAAAAUUAUCGGAAGGCUUCAAAAAUCAUCAGGAGGAAUUUAUUAUUUUGAUUUAUUGGUUGGAAAAAUUGUUGGAAAUUCAUUUGGCGAAGAUUUUUGAAGAGAGUUUGGAUAUUGAACCGGAUGAUGGUUGGUUUAUUUUUGGGAAUUUAGGGAAGAAAAAUGCUGCUUUCGAGGUGUAUCUGAAAAAUCGAAAAUUUUGGUCUUUUUUUCAGUAAAAACUCAUUUCAAGAUCCAUUUUUUUCCAGAAAACUCGCAACAAAAAUUGAACGAAUUCAUAAAAUCGCUAAUUUUUCUACCGGAUCGAGUUUCGAAUUGUGGAACAAAGGCGAAAAAUAAAGAAGAGAUGGAUAUUGUUCGAAAUUGUCUUUUAGAAAUUGAAAACAAUUUUUGUGACUCAAUAACCCGAAGUUUGUCAUUGGCACAUUCGAAAUUAGGAAAAUCAGAUUUGAUAAAUCUCAAAACAAUCGCUGAAUUCGUUUCAAAAGGAAUGAAUUUGAAAAUCAAAAAUUCGAAACUAAGUUAUUUUAUAUUUGAAUGGAUAACUGAACAAAAUAAAAAUGAUGUAAAAUGGGAUCGAGUUGCACAAAGAUUAUUCAAAGAUCAAACAUUUGGUGGAGCAAGAGAAUAUGAAACACUUAUUAUUGAUAUUAUUAUUAAUUCAAAAUCUGUGGAUCAAUUGAAAAGAUGUUUUGGAACUGGCAGAAAUCCAAUUAUUGAUCGAAUAUUGACUGUUAAAAUGCUCUUCCAACGUGUUAUUUCUCCUUUGAUACUUCGGAAUAUUAUUGAUUUCUAUGAAAAAGAUACGCUAACUCUUCGAAGAAUUCUUGAAUAUUCUAUCAAAAUUUGGACAAGUUUUGAGUUUGUUCGAAAUUCGACUUUGGAAAAACAACGACAUAUUUCGAGAUUGAUUUUGUAUAUUAUUUAUAUUUUGAAGAAACAAAACAUUAAAGGUACAUUAAUUUUUAAUCAAUAAAGCGUAAUUUUCCUAGGUAAUUUUGCUCUUUUUAGAGUCAAUUUGGCAAAAAGUAUUUUAUGCGAUCAGUGAAGGAAUUCAAAUAAGAUUAUCAAAUAGUGAAAUGGAAAUUCGACAAACUGCAAUGUUUAUUGGAGAAAUUGUAUCGGAAUUGAAUAUUGAGGAAAUGAAAAAAGAUGGGAAAGAAGUUGAUGAAAAUGCGAGAUUGAAAUUUGAAUAUGAGGAAAAUGAAUGGGUGAACGAAAUGAAAAGGUAUUUUGUGAACAUAUUCAUAGUUUUUAAAUUUUUAAAUUUGAAAACAACAUCCACGUGGCAUUUUUUUGAAUAAAAAAAUCUCCAAGAAAUUUCUAAUGGUUAAUUUUGUGCCAAACAUCCCCGUGGAAUUUGACUCCGAAAGAUUCAAAAAUUUACAAUUUUACACGUAUUCCAGAAUUUAUUCACUGUUUCAACCAAGUUUAUUUUUCAGUAUUCGAGAAUCUGGAAUUUCAAUUUCUAUCGAACCUCCAACAAUUUCUGCUCCUCAAUUUCAUUCCCAUAUUCUACAAAAACCCGAGUCUCUUCCAAUUCCCGAUUUGAACCUCGAUUCAGAUGACGAAGAAGAUUUUCCGAUUUUCGAAGUUCCAGAAAGCGAGAAGAAUUUCGAGAGAUUGCAAAAAAAUCAGGAACCUCUCAAAAAAUUCGAACCUCCCAAAUAUAUUAUGGAUGCAUUUGAAAUGUUGUUGGAAAAAGAGAAAUAUGAGGUGAGUGCUUUUAUAAAAUCUUGGUCUAUGUAUAGAAUAUGAUUUUUGUAAAUAAAUUUUUAACCGGUUUGAAUUUCUUUUAAAUUUUCAGAAAUUCGAAGCCGCUCUAAAUUCAAUCGAAUCUCUUGUUCGAAAAAAUGCAAUUGGCUUCAAUCAAAUAUCGGAUAAUUUGGUCCGUCGAUUAGUUUUCCUUGAUGAUAUUUUCUCAACCCCAAAUUUCGAAGAAAUCCAAAAACGCUCAAUUAUUUCAUGUUUUGUUAUCAAACCUCAUUGUGUUUUAUCAAUAAUUGAUCUAUUUUUGAAUAAUUCAAGUACAAUGUCACAUCGAUAUUUAAUUUUGGAAUGUAUUCGAAAUGCAUCAAAAGAGUUGUCACAACCAAAAGAAUUGAUAAAAGAAAAGAAGAAAAUUGAAAAGGAAAAUGAAGAGAAUUCGUGGAAAAAUGUGGUUGAAGCGAGAAUUCGCAAAAAUACAAAGAUAUUUGAAAGGGCUAAAGAUGUUAAAUUGGUUGAAAAUCGGCUGGGAAAAUGUGUGAAUCUGUUUUUUUAUCCAUUAUUUGUGCAAUCAACUGGUGAACAUUUGCAAUUACAGGUGAGGUUUUGAAAUCCGAAUGGGAAAAAAGUUGAUGAAAAAUAGUAUUUUCAAAAGAUAGUCCUUAACAAAUAAAUUCCAAUCAAUUUCAGACUAAAAUCAUGAAAUUUGGUUCAAAAUCAUGGAUUUGUAAAACUAGAAGCUCUUCCAGAUUUACAAAUUUUCACUCAAAAAAAUUUGAUCAAAAAAUAGUAUUUUUUUGAUGACAGAACUCAAAAAAUGAAUUAUAAUCAAUUUUGACUCGAAAAAUGUGUUUGUGCAAAAUUAGAAACAGUUCCUUAUUUUGCGCCGAGUUGAGGUCAUCCAAUAAUUUUUCGAAAAAAGUCAUGAAAUCUCUAGUUUUUUAUAAUUCCCAAAAUGACUAUAGGCAUGUAAUUGAUGCAAGCUAAAAAUUCUAACCUUAACUUCCGAGAGCAAUUUUUGAAAUAAAUUUUGAAAUUUCAAAAAAAUUACCGUUUUCUCUCAACACCUCCUUCAAAAAAAACAAUAUUUUCUCAAAUUUCAGGGACGCGAUACAAAUUUGCUGUCAAAAUUGAUUUAUACAAUAACCGAGGUUUAUUUGAAUGCCGGAUUGUGCCCGAGUAUUUCGAAAAUGUCGCAGUGAGUUUUUGAAAUUCAAAAUUUUGCAGUAAACAUUUUUCAGAAGUCUGAUUCAAUACGUAACACCUGCUCGAUUUUCUGAAGAUCCACAUAUUCGAAUAUCUGUUUUAUUUGCAUUUUGCGCCGUUGUCGAGACUUUGUCUUUUGAGGUAUGAAACAUUUGAUGUUUCUGACAUGAUAUGAAAAUCCUUUAAGAAAUCCUUCUCUAUUUCCAGCACAUUCAAUCAAUUUUCGAAAAAUCACAAAUCGAAGAUUGGGCAACUUGGGCCUCACAAAUUGCAAAUAAUCAAGAUUCUCAUGAACACGAGAGAAAAUUGGCGGAAUGUUUGAUUAAUCAAAUUUGGAAGAAAAUCAAUACAUAA